GAUCUGUCUUGAAGGGAGCUGCUCUAUUUUUGACUCGUAGAGGUGAAAAUCACUUUUAAGGAACUGAAAAAGACUGGAUGGAUUUUGAGAAGGGGGGUGCUUUUUUUCAAAAUAUUCCUGGGUGAAUUCAGAGGAAGGCCUUUUAAGCCUGGUGUGCAUGUUUCAGAUGGGCUGGACAUUAAAAAUGUUAAUAGGCUCAGCUGGGUACUAAAAAACAAAACAAAACCAAACCACCACCAGAUUGAAAUUGCACCAUCACCAAGCAGUAGCCGAAGACAGAAAGCUGGGAUUCAGGAAGGGACUGCAAGGUGGGAGAAGAGUUAUCUAGUUGGGGAUUAGGAACCAGAGCAGGAUUGGAAGGGACUCUGCUGAUAAUGGCAGUCUGACAGAAGAUUCUCUCUCCUUUCAUACAACAGUAUCCCCAGGUCUGGUCAUUUCAAGGUCUUGAAUAGGAAUGCCUGCAUCAACUGACCAGCUUCUGGGCAUCUGUUCCACCAGUGCAGGAAAAACAGUAACAACGGUAGAAAACUGGAAGUCUGAAUUUCAGCUUUCAUAGAACUGCAUACAGCCCGACACGUCCCAUCCUACUUAAGGAAGAAGUGGAAGAAGAUAACCAAGAUGGGAGGUGCAGAAAUGGCAACACUGAUAUGAAGAAUAGGUAAUUCACAGUUCAUUCAUUUAUUUAUUUUUUAUUUUAACUUUCCUUGGUACUGGGAACACCAGACGUUAUAAGAGACCAGGAAAAGGAAAAUAAAUCAUUUUUCAAAGCUAAUUGUGCAUUUUAUUUUUUUAAAAAUGGACCAAACUCUGCUCAAAGCUCUGCUGAGCUUGCUCUGGAAUUACUGGCUUUUAAUGGGUUAUGCUAACGCAAGCAUGGGGGACAACCACGUCCACUCCAGUUUUAUUUAUCGGAGAUUGCGGAACCAUGAGAGGCGAGAGAUCCAGAGAGAAAUUCUUUCCAUUCUGGGUUUACCUCAUAGACCCAGGCCAUUUUCACUUGGAAAACAAGCUUCCUCAGCACCCCUCUUCAUGCUGGACCUCUACAAUGCAAUGACAAAUGAAGAAGAUCCCGAAGAGUUGGAAUAUUUGGUGAGGGGAUCAUCCCCAAGUGGAGAGAGCAAAGGGCUAAGGAAGGGCUACUUGGCAUCUCCAAAUGGAUACUCCCGAAGAAUAUACGUAUCACGCACAAGUUCACUGCCUACGCGGAGUCCCACCUUAGCUAGCCUGCAUGACACCAACUUUCUGAAUGAUGCAGAUAUGGUCAUGAGCUUUGUCAAUUUAGUGGAAAGAGACAAGGAUUUUUCUCACCAACGACGGCACUACAAAGAAUUCCGAUUUGACUUGACUCAGAUCCCCCAUGGAGAAGCAGUGACAGCAGCAGAAUUUCGGAUUUACAAGGAUCGAAGUUACAGUCGAUUUGAGAAUGAAACGAUUAAGAUUAGCAUUUAUCAGAUCAUCAAGGAGUAUCCAAACAGGGAUGCAGACCUGUUCCUAUUAGAUACGAGACAAGCUCAAGCUCUUGAUGUUGGCUGGCUUGUGUUUGAUAUCACUGUGACCAGCAACCACUGGGUGAUUGACCCACAGAAUAAUUUAGGGUUGCAGCUCUGUGCAGAGAUGGCAGAUGGUCGUAGUAUCAAUGUGAAAGCAGCCGGUCUUAUAGGCAGGCAUGGUCCUCAGUCAAAACAACCGUUCAUGGUUGCAUUCUUUAAAGCAAGUGAAGUCCUUUUUCGAUCUGUCCGAGCUGCCAACAACAAGAAGAAAAAUCAGAAUCGCAGCAAAUCCAGCAGCUCACAAAAUACUUCAAGAAUGUCAAGUGUUGCAGAUUAUAACACAAGUGAACAGAAACAAGCCUGUAGAAAACAUGAACUCUAUGUGAGCUUUCGAGACCUGGGUUGGCAGGAUUGGAUUAUAGCUCCAGAGGGUUAUGCUGCAUUUUAUUGUGAUGGAGAAUGUUCAUUCCCCCUCAAUGCUCACAUGAAUGCCACAAAUCAUGCCAUAGUACAGACUCUGGUCCACUUGAUGUUCCCUGAUCACGUCCCAAAGCCUUGCUGUGCUCCAACAAAACUGAAUGCUAUCUCUGUCCUCUAUUUUGAUGACAGUUCCAAUGUUAUUUUGAAAAAGUACAGAAACAUGGUGGUGCGAUCAUGUGGUUGCCACUAAAAUUAGGUUGUAAAGCAGAGUGCCGCAAAGUGGACUCUCAGAGUGAUCCAGUUGUUUUUAAACUAUUUUUCCUUUUUGGGGGUAGAGAAAUUGGAGUGGCCAUUUCACAAUAUUUCUCCAAGAAAAGGAUCAGUUCAUCCCCACAGUAUCCUGGGGCUCAGGGUCUCCCCGCAGGGUGGCAAUCACACCUCAAACAAGGCCGCCAUCAGCUCCUCUUUUUGCUACCUCCCCCACCCUCUAGGUGUGGCUUCAUUUCUAGGCAUUUGGGGAAGGUAAUGUGGUUGUUGCAAACAGUCAAGUAAAGAAAACCAUAAACAAUGUCAAGAGAAACCCCUGCAGAGUGGCAUUUUGUUUAGGGAGAUGAAAAAAUUGAAAGGAAAAAAAAAGAUGAGAAAUUUAGAGUUUAGCUUUAGAAGAUACAGUCGAGCCAAAAGAUACCCCUUUGUCUUCUUUUUCUUUUUUUCAUGGAGAAAAUAAGAAUACUAGAUGACUUAAUCCCAUUUAUGUCACAUCUCUUUUCAUGUAUAGUAUAAUGUACAUAGUAGCUUUUAUUUAUUUAAAGGUAUAUAGUUUCUUUUGUAUGAACAUCAUUUCAAAUGCUUUAUUAUAUAGGUUUAUCUUAGUAUGUAGUAGAACAUGGAAGGCAAAUUUUCAGUAAUCAUACUGAGAUUUAUUUCAUUUUAUAAAAUAAAGCCUUUGUAUAUUCUCUCUCUGCCCUACCUCCCUCCCUUCCUCUCAAGGUAGAAAAUCCAGAACUCCUGUGACUAUUUUAUAUUGUUAAAGGAAAUUGAAUACAUUUGGCUACAUUGUGCCAAUGAAAACUUUGGCAGGCUAUUUAUUUAGAAAAAGCACUGAGAAAAGUUUUUUUUAACGCUUAGCUAAACACAAUUCUCCUUUUAGAAGUUCUGCCCCAUUAGAUAAAGUAAGUUGAACUGUGUUUAAAUAAACAGAUGGUAGCUAAAUGCAGUGGGCUGAAAGAUUGCACACAAUUGUUAGAGCUAUUUUCUCUAGAACAGUGUUUCUUAACCUGGGCAACUUUAAGAUACGUAGAUUUCAACUCCCAGAAUUCCCCAGCCAGCAUGGGGAAUUCUGGGAGUUGAAGUCCACAUAUCUUAAAGCUGCCAAGGUUGAGAAACACUGCUCCAGAAUAAUCAGUGUAACCUAGGAGCCAUAUUCCUUCUCUUGGCUCAUGGAUUGCAGCUUUUCCUGGAGGCACGAAGCUUUGGGUGCUCUGUGGAUGCUGUCAGUUGCUAUGCUCAGAAUUUGGUUCUGACUUUCUGCAGUGGGAGAUGGGAGGGGGAAAUAUAGUACAACCUUCUUACCUCAGGUAGAUGUUACUGGUCCAUCAUCUCUAACACUGCUGCAAAACGUUUGUCAACCUUCAAAGACCAAAACAACCAUAUGAGCCAGCCUCCUCUCUAAGCCAGAGGUCAUGAAAUGGAAGUGUGCUCAAUUUCCACAGGGCAUUAUGGAAUUUAAGAAAAAGGUCCAUUGACUUAUUCCAUGAACAGUACCACUCUAUCCAUACCUUCUCAGAAGUAAGUCCCACAGAGUUCCAUGGAACCUGCUGCUGGAUAGAGGUGAGCUUGGUUGAAAACGGAGGGCAUAUUUGUUUGGAGUUGCACUGUAUUUCUCUCCUUUAAGCAUUAUUUAAUAAAAGUUCUAUGGUAUGGAAUAGGGGAAGCACAGAAUAAUGUGCUCAGCUGUUAUGACAUUUUGGAAAAAUGAAUUUAUCUCUUUUUAAACAACAUCUGAAACAAUUAUAUAUAUUUUUAAUUUUGUUAACUCUGUUGAAAUACUAUUCUCUUGUGCUUUAGAGAGACACAAGAAAUGCAUUGCUUUUUACUCUGUUUAAUUUGUCCAUGAAGUUGCCAGGAAUGGAGCUUGACAUGAGGGCAUUUUUAUCUUAAUUUACCACAGCCUUAAUUAAACUGCAGUUAUGUACUGCAGCACAUAUAUUCCUACUGGUAUCUCCUCCAAAUUGCUGUUUUGCGGAAUAUUUAAAAUUAAUUUGGGAAAUGUUUAGAAAGAAAAUGAAUUUGUUUAGGACUUAGAUGGAAGGUUAUGUUGUUUGGAGCUGAAUUUAUUUUAAAUAAAGGUUGAAGUGUAUUUUGGGGUACAUUAAAUAAUAUAUUUUUGAAUAAAGGUGUACCAUUUUAAGUACAUGAAAUGGAAGAUUAUAUUAUGUUCUGUUGAAAUAUAAGUCUAUAUUUUAUGACCUAAUAAACCUGAAAUAGUA